UGUUGCACGGCUCCCAUGGGGCGCAUGCGCAGAAAGGACGCGGGACAGACUUCCGGUCCGACGCCGCCUGGGUUCCCGGGAGAAGAAGGAGGCGUCGAUCCGGAAGUGCUGGGAGGCCCUUCGAAGGCCCGCCUCUGUCGCUGCUCCCGGGCGAUGUCGGCGCUGCAGUUCGGCCCGGGCGGGCCCUCGUUGACCUCCAGUUCUGCCGAGGAAACCGGAGCGGCGGCGUUGGCGGGGGAGGCCUUCCCGAAGGACUUCGGAUACGGCGCCGACGAGGAGGAGGAAGAGGAGGACGAUGACCGGGAAGCGGCGGGAGGAGGAGGAGGAGGAAGCGGGGCGGCAGGCGGCGGGGCCCCGGAUGAGGAGGACGGCGAGGAAGAAGAGGAGGAUGGCAGCGUCGGGGGCGGGGCCGGGAUCGAGCUGGGCCUGGGCUCCGGAGGAGGAAGCGGCGCCGGGGACGCCUCGAAGCAGCCGCGGAUCCUGCUGAUGGGCCUCAGGAGGAGUGGGAAGUCCUCCAUCCAAAAGGUGGUCUUCCACAAGAUGUCACCCAACGAGACGCUCUUCCUGGAGAGCACCAACAAGAUCUACAAGGACGACGUCUCCAGCAGCUCCUUCGUCAACUUCCAGAUCUGGGACUUCCCGGGCCAGAUGGACUUCUUCGACCCGGCCUUUGACUACGAGAUGAUCUUCCGGGGCACCGGGGCCCUCAUCUACGUCAUCGACGCCCAGGACGACUACAUGGAGGCCCUGACCCGGCUCCACAUCACCGUCUCCAAGGCCUACAAGAUCAACCCUGACAUGAACUUCGAGGUCUUCAUCCACAAAGUGGACGGCCUCUCUGAUGACCACAAGAUUGAGACACAGAGGGACAUCCACCAGCGGGCCAACGACGACUUGGGAGACGCCGGGCUGGAGAAGCUGCAUCUUAGCUUUUACCUGACCAGCAUCUACGAUCAUUCAAUAUUUGAAGCCUUCAGUAAAGUGGUACAGAAGCUCAUUCCGCAGUUGCCAACGUUAGAAAACCUGCUGAAUAUCUUCAUAUCAAAUUCAGGGAUUGAAAAGGCUUUCCUCUUUGACGUUGUGAGCAAGAUCUACAUUGCCACGGACAGCUCCCCGGUUGACAUGCAGUCCUACGAACUCUGCUGCGACAUGAUCGACGUGGUCAUCGAUGUCUCCUGCAUCUAUGGGUUGAAGGAGGAUGGCAGCGGAAGCGCUUACGACAAGGAAUCCAUGGCCAUCAUCCGGCUCAACAAUACGACCGUCCUGUACCUCAAAGAGGUGACCAAGUUCCUGGCUUUAGUCUGCAUCCUGAGAGAAGAGAGCUUUGAGCGCAAAGGCUUGAUAGACUACAACUUCCACUGCUUCCGGAAGGCCAUCCACGAGGUCUUUGAGGUGGGCCUCUCCUCCCACCGGGCCUGCAGCCACCAGGCCAAUAUCCCUGGCCUGAAGGCAGUGACUCACAAUGGUACCCCCAGGAGCGCCGUCUGAGGCGGGGGCGGCAGGCAAGAUGGUGGCCACCCAGAAAUUGCAGGCAGGUGCGGCCUGCCCUCCACGGCCCGCAGACGGAGGCCUUGCCCUGGGCGGCUGGUGGAGCGAGGUGGCCGCUUCUGCUUUGCGGAUAGCCUCGGCCCUGGCCCAGCCUCCUCCUCCUUCGGUGGCUGCUUGGACUUCCCCCUCAGAGAACACCGGGCCCGGAUCGCUGCGGCUGAACUGGAACUGGCUCAGUGUUCCGCUGCUCGACCGAUUCGGUUCUCGGUGGCCAGGAAGUUGCCGAAACUCAGAGCGUUGCGUCUCGUGGCUUCGUUGAGCACAAUGGCAAGCAUUCCGUGUAGUCCUUGGUUCCGUGGUAACAAUACCUGAAAAAUAAUUCCAAUUUUGGUGCCUCGGUGAAGAAGGAGCUGAUUUCCGUUUCCGGAUAUUCUAAAAGAAGAAUUGGUAACCUAACUUGGUUGCUCGGAACUGGUUUGGAGGCUCAGGCCUGUUGAUGACCUGGUUAAUGAGCUUCUGUUGGUGGUUCCUGUCCUUGGUUUUGAGCAGGUAUUGGCAAACUUGGGCCCUCCAGGUGUUUUGGACUUCAACUCCCACCAUUCCUAACAGCCUCAGGCCCCUUCCUUUUCCCCCUCCGCCGCUUAAGCGGCGGAGGGGGAAAAGGAAGGGGCCUGAGGCUGUUAGGAAUGGUGGGAGUUGAAGUCCAAAACUCCUGCAGGCCUCAAGUUGUUCCAUGCCUGGUUUAAGGCUGCUUUUUGUAGUAAACAACUCCAGCUUUGCUGAUGUCUCUGUGGGCUUGGUGCGCAUUGGAUCCUUGGGCACCUUCUUGCGGAAAGGUCUCGCUUCUGUGCAGCAAUGUGACGUCUGAUGGACAGCCCUGGGCUCCAUUCAGGAAGCGCCCUGUAUUUGUCGUUGCCGGGAGGGCAAGUGCCUGCCGCCCUCCUACCAUCUGCAGCCUCCGCUCACCUCCAGCAUGCGCCUGCGUCCAGAAGACCCUUCUGACCAGAGCUGACCCCUGGCCCCAAAGCCUCCAGUUGCAUUUCUUGCCCAAAGGUCAGCGCAAACAUAUGCUCUGACGGACCCAGCUCUCCUUGCUUCCUUGUUGUCUUCUUCGGAGGGGACCUCUCACUCUGCUCCAUUAAUAAAAUGCCUUUAUCUCCGUAA